AUGGCGACGACAGCGGGCACUCGCCGGAGUCCCAGUGGCGGUGCGCUGUGCUGGGCCGCCGCACCUGUCGCUGCGGUGCGCUUCGGACGCUGGGCGCCUCCGCGUGCGCACUCCUGGACACCCAGGCGUACGUACCCGACAUGGAGCCUGAGCUUGGUCCGAAGCGCUCGCUGGUGCCUGCUCCGAGGCCGCCGCGCACAAGCAUGUGGUGCUGCCGUCAUGUCUGCGGCGGAGGGCUCGUCUCCGUCGAGUGCUGUCCGGGAAAGCGCGUCGUCACAUCCUGCAGGUCGCGCAAUAUCGGACGCGGGUGUCAUUGGCCUUGCGGUCAUGGGUCAGAACUUUGCACUGAACCUAGCGUCGCACGGCUGGCGAGUCUCUGUGUACAAUCGAACGUAUGCGCGGACGGCGGAGACUGUUGAGCGGGCGCAGCGGGAGCUCGCGGCAGAUGACACGACAGCCAGCGGGAGCGUUACCGGCUUUGCGGACCUGCGGUCGUUUGUGGUUUCGCUGAAGCGUCCGCGGCGGGUAUUCCUGCUGGUGAAGGCGGGGAGCGCAGUCGACGCAACCGUCGAGGCGCUGGCUGAGGUUCUGGAGCCGGGCGACAUCAUCGUGGACGGCGGCAACGAGUGGUACGAGAAUACGGAGCGACGUGCUGCGUCUGUCGCGGCACGCGGCCUCCUGUACGUAGGCAUGGGCGUAAGCGGUGGCGAGGAGGGUGCGCGCUACGGGCCUUCCCUGAUGCCGGGCGGUUCACGGGAGGCGUACCAGCAGCUUGCGCCGCUGCUGGAGCAGGUUGCGGCGCAGGUGCCCGGCUCUGGGCCGUGCGUUACCUACAUUGGGCCGGGCGGCUCGGGGAACUAUGUGAAGAUGGUGCACAACGGGAUCGAGUACGGCGAUAUGCAGCUGAUCGGCGAGGCAUACGACCUGCUUCGGGGUGCCGUUGGCUUGGAUGCGAUGGCGGCUGCGGAAGUAUUUGCCUCGUGGAACGCGGGCGCCCUGCAAAGCUUCCUCGUGGAGAUUACCGCGCGCAUUCUACGCGUGCCUGACACGUCUUCGUCGGCAGCGUCGGCGCCAGCGCUCGUAGACCAAAUCCUCGACCGGAGUGAGAGCAAGGGCACUGGCCUGUGGACGAUGACGGAGGCACUGCGGCGGGGCGUGGCGGUGCCGACCAUCGCUGCCGCGCUCGACGGGCGCUUCCUCUCAGCGCGGAAGGACGAGCGCGAGCGUGCGUCGCGGGUGCUCCGCGGACCCGAGCGGCUCUCGGGUACGGGGCACGCCUCCGAGUUGGCGGCCGCCGGUGCCUCACCCGGAGCCGCUGGCGGUGUAGCUGAAACUGGACCGGACACAGCUCCCGAGCGUGUCGCCGCCCUAGCGUCUGGCUCUGUACGAGCGUCGGCGUCGACGUCGCGUUCGGAUGCAUCGGCGGAGCGAGCGUUGAUCGCUGCUAUUGAGGACGCACUCUUCUGCAGCAAGCUCUGUAGCUACGCGCAGGGUCUCAGUCUGCUGCAGCGAGCGAGCGGCGAGCAGGGCUGGUCGCUGGAUCUCGGGGAGCUUGCGCGCAUCUGGAAGGGCGGCUGCAUUAUUCGGGCACAGCUGCUUGAGCGGAUCGAGGGCGCUUUUCGACGAGACCCCAGCCUGCCGAAUCUGCUGCUGGACGCUGACCUGGCUGCGGAGAUUGGACGUCGCCACGAGAGCUGGAGGCGUGUUGUCGGGCUGGCGGCAUCGCUGGGUGUGCCGGCGCCGGCGCUGACCGCGAGCCUUUCGUACUACGACACGUAUCGACAGGCGGUGCUGCGCUCAAGCCAGCUGGUUCAGGCCCAGCGGGAUUGCUUCGGCUCGCACGGCUACGAGCGUCUGGACGAUCCGGGGCGGCGGUGGCACACGCGCUGGCUCAGCGGUGGCGACUCGGCGGAGGUCUCGAGCUAG